AUUCCCACGCUAGCAGCGGUGGUGGGGACGGGGCCGUCGGUCCAUCUACAUCUUCAGAAGCCCUCAUCCAGCUCUGACGGAAGCUCUUUUACACCACCCUCAGAUCAUUUGACUAUUCCUGUGACCUUGGCAGUAUGAUAGCAACCUCUCGGCGAAUCUAGAACGUUGUUCGUCUCCCAGUGUUCUCCCGGCAGCAGAGUGAAGACCCCUCACCAUGUUCGCGAUCAUGCAAGUGGAGAGUGACGAUAGGAGGGAGUUUCGCCGCAAGAUGAGAACCAAGUGCGAGUUCGUCUGCAAGUAUUGCCAGCGCCGCUUCACCAAGCCCUACAACCUGAUGAUCCACGAGCGCAGUCACAAAGAUGACGUCACAUUCACGUGUGAGGUCUGCGGCAAGACGUUCAAGAGACAAGACAACCUGAAACAACACAGAUGUGGGUGGCGGUGAACCUCGGCGGCCUAACUGACGAGCCAUAGUCCUCCCUACGGCAUCCGCUACUGAGUCCUCGGACUGCGCCAGCACUUGAUUUCGCCGAAUGGCCACGUCAGCACAGUGCUUCAGAUACAGUACCAGUGCUAAACCACAGACCUAGUGCUGAUUUUGAGUGCCAUUUCUCCCACAGUGACUGACUAACAAAGUGUAUCACUUGACACCUCGCAACCGAUGCUGACUCCAAGGACUAUCAGCGCUUCAGCAGUGAAUCAACAGCUGACCCCCUCGACGUUCCUGCCCGACUUUCCUUUUUGUAACUUAUUUUGUUAGUUUUAACGAUGUAUGAUAGUUUGUUUCGUGUAAAUAGUGUACGGUGGUCGAUCAUUGUGCAUUCAGAGAUAUACGAGUUAUAAUUUUGAGAAAAAAUAUGGUUUAAAAUGGUUUGAAAAUUAAUAACUUUGGUAGGUAUAAAUUCGUUAAAAAGUAUUUUUGUAAACUAUUCACUAAAUGAUAAUUUAUCUAGCAAUUUUGAGACAGAAGUAAACUCUGAUGUACAACAUUGAAUCGGCCACUGAUAUUUAAACAAACUACGAAUAGUGUUAACCUUCGUGCAAUGAAUGUCGAUUAUUUAUUUCUGUAAUGAACGAGAAUAACGCCUCGAGCAUCACAAACUUCUACUCUUUUUGUAAUCUUUUGUGGUUUACUAAAUCAUAAAGGUCUAAAAUACUAUGCAUUACUGAGAUGUUGGAAAACUAUUUUGUAUAACCUUUGAGACUUAAACACGUAAAUGCAUUAGAUCUUUUUACAACUUUUAUCGAUGUGUAGAUACUUUAAAUAGACACAUACUAUGAAAAAUACUUAUGUACAACAAUUUAAUCCAGUUUUUAACGUAUUUCUUUAAUAAAACACAAUACUUAGAGAUUUUUUGAAAAUAUUUCUAAAAACAGAGUAGAAGUGCGAUAGGUCGGUAGUUUGCCAGCCUCGUUGUGAUGCCGAGGUGUGUGUUCCGUAGGGUUCGUCCCAGCGGCAUACUGCGGCUUUGUACAUUGUAUAUAAACACUCUGUUACCACUUACCUUCGACUUGUCUUCCUUUCCUGUAGUUAUACAACUUAGAAUACACUCAUUUGCAUUCUGUAGAUCCAGCCUAGUCACAGAGUAAACUUUUACAUGACCUUACUGACAUACAAUACUCCUGUGGUUAGCUUUUAAAGUGACUCUGUUUUACUUCAAGCGUUUAACCAUAAUUCAAAGUACAUAGUUAUGGAUGGAUAUAAAAAAUAAUUCGUGGAAAUUAAAUUGUUGAAAAUUUCACCUCUAAAGUUAUAUUUUACACGAUAUUGCUUUUAGAGAUGAUUUCAUUUUAAAUACCAGUUAUAGUUUCGAGCUUUUGACGACACUUAAUCUACUUUGUGGACGGACUGGAUGAAACAGAAUGUACUUACUUACACAUUUAAUCAUUAUUAUAAGUACAUAUUCAUUAAACCAGACAAACAGUGCCAUUUGUGAUUUCUUUACAAGAAUGAUGCUUUCUUUGCAGAUUUUAAAGGCUUCAUCAUCGACUUCUGCAAAUUUUGCAGACCAUUUUGCCAUAGCAGUUUUACUGAAAAUCUAUGUUUGCCUAAGUCACUGCAUUGUUUGUUAGACCAAAUUGUUUUUGUUCAUUUUGUACAUAAAAGAGUUUAUUAAACGAGCUUAAAAUCUAA